GACGAAACUACUCCCUUCGAGACUCUCAAAACCAAAACCCAAACCCAAACCUUCUCUCUCUCUCUCUUCGAAAAUUCCGAAAAUGAGGUCUUCCAUGCUUAGAUCUGUCAAGUCGGCCAUAGCCAGAAGCUCAUCGGCAGCCGGAGCACAAAUCCAGCGUCGUGGCUACUCCGUUCACUCCGGGCCGGAACGGAAAGUUGCUGUUCUCGGCGCCGCUGGAGGCAUCGGACAGCCCCUCGCCCUCCUGAUGAAGCUCAACCCCCUCGUCUCCCAUCUCUCCCUCUACGAUAUCGCCGCCACCCCCGGCGUCGCCGCCGAUGUCAGCCACAUCAACACCAGAUCUGAGGUUAAAGGAUAUGCGGGUGAGGAGAAUAUUCGGGAGGCUUUGGAGGGAGCCGAUGUGGUGAUCAUUCCCGCUGGAGUGCCUAGAAAGCCCGGCAUGACCCGUGAUGAUCUCUUCAACAUCAAUGCCGGCAUCGUCAAGUCUCUCUGCACUGCGAUCGCCAAGUACUGCCCACAUGCUCUUGUGAAUAUGAUCAGCAACCCUGUCAACUCAACGGUGCCAAUUGCCUCCGAGGUUUUCAAGAAAGCGGGGACAUAUGACGAGAAGAGGUUGUUCGGUGUUACUACUCUUGAUGUGGUUCGGGCCAAGACUUUCUACGCUGGGAAAGCCAAGGCCCCGGUUGCUGAGGUUAACGUACCUGUUGUUGGUGGCCAUGCUGGCAUAACUAUCCUUCCACUGUUUUCUCAAGCCACACCGCAAGCUAAUUUGUCAGCUGAAGACAUCACGGCUCUUACAAAGAGAACACAAGAUGGAGGAACAGAAGUUGUGGAGGCUAAGGCUGGAAAGGGAUCAGCAACACUGUCCAUGGCCUAUGCAGGAGCUCUUUUUGCCGAUGCAUGUCUGAAGGGACUUAAUGGUGUUCCUGAUGUUGUGGAAUGUUCGUUUGUGCAAUCAAAUGUCACUGAACUUCCAUUCUUUGCUUCUAAGGUUCGUCUCGGAAAGAAUGGUGUAGAGGAGGUUUUGGGGCUGGGUUCUCUCUCAGAUUACGAAAAGGAAGGAUUGGAGAAGUUGAAGCCCGAGCUCAAAGCUUCGAUUGAGAAGGGUAUAAAGUUUGCCAAUGCGAACUAGAUGAAACCGUCCAAAUUUUUGCAGUUUUAAGCAAUUGUUGUAUUAUUGCUGCUACCAGCACCGGCUUUUUUGCUGUUUCUUAGAGUAGGCCAUACAUCAUAAACUGCAAAUUCCGUUAAUAAUUCCCAGUGUUAUGUUUCUGGGAGGGACUUGAGAACUUGGAUGCUAAUCUUUCUGGAUAAGACGCAUUUUUUUUGCUGCUUGAAAAUGCAUGCUCCCAAUAAAAUAGGAUUUUACUGCGUGGUUUUUGAGGAGUUGGUAUUUA